AUUCAUCGAAAUCCGCCCGAUUAGUCGUGCCCAAGUUGUAUUCUUCCAUCCCUGUAGGGUUUAUUCUCUCUCUCUCCUCGAUUCAUUUCCAAUCCAUUCCUAGGUUUGAUUCAGAUCGUCACACUGUUCCUUCGACCUUCUCUGGUUGCGGAAUCUUUUGCUGCCGGGGAGCUCUGAUUGUUAAUUGAGAUUCUUGGUGAGAUUUGCGGAUUUUGCAGCUCUUAACAAUGGAGUCAGCCGCCGUGACCAUCUUUCAGUCGUCGCUGGGCGUCGCCAGCUCUUCUUUAACGUCCAGGUCGGGUAGCUCGGCCGCCGUCAAUGGACCCAUUUCUGUUAAGUUUGGCGCUAAAUUGGGGCCCUCGCUGAAGCAUUCCGCUUCAGCAUCACAAUUGAGACCAGGGCAGUGGAAAGGGGUUCGUGGAAGCAGGAGAAGCACAGGAGUCAGAGCAUCACUGUCUCCAGAAUCUGCUGGAUCAUCUGCACCGAUUGCCCCACUUAAGCUGGAAUCUCCAAUUGGGCAGUUUCUUUCGCAGAUCCUAGUCAGUCAUCCACACCUUCUGCCUGCUGCAGUUGAGAAGCAGCUUGAGCAACUUCAGACGGAUCGUGAUGCAGAGAAUACGAAGGAAGAGUCCUCAGCUGCUGGCACGGACCUAGUCCUAUACAGGAGAAUUGCUGAGGUGAAGGCUAAUGAGAGGAGAAAGGCAUUGGAAGAGAUCUUGUACGCUUUGGUGGUGCAGAAGUUCAUGGAUUCUGAUGUAUCUCUAAUUCCUUCUGUAAGUUCAUCUUCAGAUCCUUCGGGCCGGGUAGACAUGUGGCCAAGCCAAGAAGGAAAGCUGGAGCGGCUUCAUUCCCCUGAAGCCUAUGAGAUGAUCCAGAAUCAUCUUGCUCUUAUUUUGGGAAACCGGGCAGGUGGUUCCUCCUCGGUGGCGCAGAUAAGCAAGCUUCGGGUUGGACAGGUCUAUGCAGCGUCAGUCAUGUAUGGGUACUUCCUUAGGCGGGUUGACCAAAGGUUUCAGCUUGAGAAGACGAUGAAGAUUCUUCCUGGAGGAUCGGAUGGGGAUGAGUUUAAUGUACAGCAAACUGUAGGGGAAGAGAAAAAUGCAGGCUCUGUCGGUGACUCUCUUGAAUCUAUGCAGUCUCAUCCCGAAGUUUCAUCUUGGGCUGGUGGGAUCAGCAGUGAUGGUUUCGGUUAUGGGAUGAAACCGUCCCGAUUGAGAACUUACGUGAUGUCCUUUGAUGGGGAGACACUUCAGAGAUAUGCCACGAUUAGAUCCAAAGAGGCUGUAAGCAUCAUCGAGAAGCAUACAGAGGCUCUAUUUGGACGGCCCGAGAUUGUGAUUACGCCAGAGGGCACAGUCGAUUCUUCUCGGGAUGAGCUCAUCAAGAUCAGUUUUGGUGGGUUGAAGAGGCUCGUAUUGGAAGCAGUGACAUUUGGUUCUUUCCUGUGGGAUGUUGAAAGCUACGUAGAUUCGAGGUACCACUUUGUGCUGAACUGAAAGGUGAUACCAUGCUUUAUUGCCUCUCAUAAAUACGAGAGGUUGCACUGACCAGCUUGACGAAAUGAAUCGAGUGUACACUAGAUGAUUAUUCCGUUAUCUUGUGUCUUGUUUGUACAUAUAUUUAUACUUUCUGCUGUGGACAAGAUAAUGGUUAAUAUGAGUCCGCCAAAGUACUCAUCAUUCGCUUUUGCCAUAGUCCACAUGGCUGAGCUCUCUUUGAUUUUACUAUGCAUUUGAAUACAUGUUCUGGAAACGAAUCCUGGUCUUUCAGAUC